GUUUGGUGGUCAUAGGGGAGAGCAACAAAUGAUUGGUGGCUAUGGGGUGAGGACGAGGGUGUUGAUUGGUGUCAACGAUUAUGGCAAGCAACAAAACCAAAAUACUGUCACUAAUUUGACAGGGAGAAAAGAGAUGAGGGCAAAGACACUGAGAAGUAAAAGAGAGAGAGGCGUCGAGGAGUGCUUCAGAUAG